AUGUCACCCGAUUCAGGCUUUGAACACCAUUUCAAUGGCGCUAUGCACAAGAACUUCGGUUCAGCUUACGAGACAACUGACAAAGCACUACCCGACCAGCAACACGUCCACCUCGGCAAUCUAAACCUCUUAGACAGCUUUUCCUCGGGCGGUCUCUCCACAACACUCCCUACAGUAUCCCCAUCCCCAAGCUACACUUACAGCUUCGACGACGCAAUUAUCAACCCCAACAAUAACGACGACAGCCUAUACAAGCACCUGAGCUCCCUGCCCGACACCUCGGCCACCGACAUUCAAGCUACCAUGCUCGCCGACCACAGGGACCUGCUCCUGGGAGGCCUGAGCCUUAGCACAUACGACGACACCACCACCAAUGGCGAUGCCAGCGCUGAGACCGGCACCGUGCAGGGGCUGGACCCAGUGAGCCAGUCGGCCGCGACAACGUGCGUCGAAAACAGCCAACAGCCGCACGGUUUCAUAUGGGAGGAUAGCACGGGACUCGCCACGGCUACAACGGGGCUGGACAGUCCGGUGAUUAAUAUCGCUGGCGUCGGCUCGUGGCACGAUUCGACAAGCUGGGACUACGCAUCCUGGACCGACGGGAAGGAUGCCUCAUGCCACAAUGCCUGGGCCACGACAUCUUCCCAGGCGUGGUUUCAGUCCUCCGGUAGUAGGACUAUGUGGGACGACCCAGCAGCACACCUUGGGAUCCUCUUCGAUGUUGUCGUUGCCAGCAUCGUUAAUCUCGGCACCACUUUAACAACACAUCCCAGAAGACGCCAGGCUCAAACAGGAAAGAAUGCAGGUGAGGAGGUCAUGAAUUCGGCAUUGAUGUGCCGCGAGCUGCUGUGCCCUGCUGCAACCUGCGCCCCCAUCCACAUUACACCAAGUGUUGGGCCUACUAUCACUUCGCCGUGGGGGAGCUUUGGUAUGGCUGUUGGCUCACCGACUGGUACCAACUUGUUUUUAUUUAACCAAAGAGGCGCAGCAUCACGAGUUAUUCCUUGUGGGGAGUUGCCUAGAGGUCGAGUCUAUCUGUGUGCAUGGCAUGGGGCAACCCCGAACGAAUGGCAUUGAGCCCCGCCUAAUACCACCACCGGAGACUUGGGAUACAUUGAGAGUACAGUACAGAUUUCUUAGGGAUCCGUCCUAAAUUGUAAGCGGG